UUGCAGGGCAACCACCAUGCCCGAGCUACUCUUGUUUCCCAAGUCAAAUGGUCAGUAAUGGUCAGUACCACGUACUCACACUUUCAUCGGUUUUCACCACCGUGACCUUGGCUCAAUGACAAUGGGUAUAUUUUGAAAUUCUGACACACCAUCACUGGCGUCAGAAUCCUGCGUGGAAAACAGUACCAGUCCCUUUUCUCCCAACCCUCCACGACUUGCAAGACUGUUCCCUCCCUUCAACCCCAGGCGCUUUGCUCGCCUCGCCCGAACCAUUGCUUAGACUUCAUGGUCUCGAGGCUGAUUAGUGACCUCUCACGCUCCUCGCUCUCUGCCUCCUGUUUUCUUCUCUGGGAUAUUUGCAUUACCUUUGACAGGGAGGUAGAAUAUAUCUGGUCGAAACCUUCGAAUUCGUGGACAAAAUGGGCAUUCCUGUUUGUGAGAUAUUUUUCUCUCUUAACCCAAUUUUGCUUCAGAGCGAUCGAAUUUCAUAUAAUUUACGAUCCUUCCUUUACGAUAGCGCAUAAAUCAGCACUGCAAAUAUGGUUUGGGUUGCAAGUCGUUCCAGUAUUCCUGAUUAUGUUGGGAGCUGAGAUAGUCAUGAUGGCUCGCGUUUAUGCAUUGUAUAAUAAGCAUAGAUGGGUUGGCGUCGGGUUUCUCCUUAUUCUUUUCGCGGAAGUUACUGCUGUGGCUAUUGGACUUGGAUUGACGUUCCCCCGAAAUGACAUACACUCCUUUGAUCUCAUUACGCAUAGUUCGCAAUCUUUUGUUUACUUUAGCAUUGCAGCCCUGCUCUCCCAGGUUAUCAUUCUAAUUCUCUCCAUAAUACGAUAUGUUCGUGGGCGGUGGGGGAGGGCUCGUAUAAUCCAACUCAUGAUUCGUGAUGGAACGAUUGCCUUUUGUGUUUUAGUUGUGGAGACGGGAAGUCUGCUACUUUUCAUUUUGAAAGAUCUUCCUUAUUCCGCAACUGAUUCUGCGUGGAUGAUCUCGUGUAUCGCAUCGGUCGAAUGUCGCCUCAUACUCAACCUCGAGCAACAUUCUGAUAUCACAAGUCAAUGUUCCACCUCUACAUAUUCAGGCCAUCCAGAACUGACGACUGUGUUGACUAUUCAUGAUCGUUAUUUUGAAGAAACAGAGCGUAGACAAAGUCUGUUCUCUGUAUGAAUGAAACGAGCUCGAUACCCGCC